UCAGUUUAUAUUCACUAUUUUUUUUCCAAUAAGUAGUAAUUGUUUAUAUUUUCUAGGGGGAAAAAAAACACACACACAAGAAUGAUGACGUCUCUGUGUUUAAGUAUGCAAACGUGUGAAGGCGGUAGGAAGGAAUAGUCGCCGGUCAUGCCUUACAUCAUUUCCUCACUGAAAAACUGGAUAUAUUACCUUCUCUCAGGUGUCAAUCAGUGCUGCUCUACAAUAUCGAUGCUCGGAGAAACAUAUUAGAGAAGCUUGAGUCUUCUAUAUGGGCCAUUUUCUUUCAAAAAAUGGAAAGCGUGUGAAGAAGAGAAGACGGAAAGUUAAAAAGAACUGCCUUCUCCGUGGACCUUGUAUGUUGUGUUUCAUAGUUCAUAAUACUUCUUCUCUUGACGAGGAUCAGUUUGAAAGUGCAUCCAAAUUAGCUGAGCGAUACGCUGCACUGACCACGACAGAGGAAUGCGCUAAGUUUCUUCUUUCUCCCAAGGAACUUGCAAUCUGGGAAGAACAAGGCAAGAGUUUACUUUCCAGUGUUCCAACCACACUGAUUGGGCCAUCUCUGUUUAGAACAGUCUCAUCAGAUUAUUUGGAUAUGCCAGUUUGCAAACGUAAAUGUGCUGGAGUGCAAACGUGUACACCUCAUAAACUGCCUCGUUCUGCAUUGGAGGGAGUUCCUGACACUGGUUUAAAUAAUGACGUAACAGAGCAUCCAGUACCUGCACGUACUUUGCCAGCUUCCACAGCAGAAUGCACUAGUGUAGGUCUUCAGGGGAACAUGGGUGACUGCUCAUCUCUGCUACAAUGUCCGGUGUCCCCUUUGGGACCUGAAGACAAUGAACUUCUUCCCCAUGAUAACUUAAGAAUGGAAUCUGAACCACCGAAUAUAAAUCAACUUCCGUCCUCAAUACUUCUGAAGGUCUUUGCUCAUUUAACUUUAAAGGAGCGAUGCCUUUCAGCAUCUUUGGUUUGCAAAUACUGGCGUGACCUUGGUUUAGAUUUUCAAUUUUGGAAACAGUUGGAUCUCAGUGGUCGACAACAGAUCACCGAUGAUGUGCUUAUGCGGAUCGCCUCAAAGAAUCGAAACACAAUCCAAAUUAAUGUUUCUGAUUGUCGGAGUAUUUCUGAUACAGGAGUGAGUUCCAUAGCAUCGCAAAGUCCAGGACUACAAAAGUACAUUGCAUAUCGAUGCAAACAGCUCAGUGACAUUUCUCUCAUUGCAAUUGCUUGCCAUUGCCCAUUUCUUCAGAAAGUACAUGUGGGAAACCAGGAUAAGCUUACAGAUGAAUCCUUGCAGCAGCUGGGAGAGAAGUGUCCAGACGUUUUGGAUAUCCAUUUUGGUCAAUGUUAUAAGAUAACAGAUGAAGGCAUGAUGGCAUUGGCUCAGGGCUGUCCAAGGCUGCAGAGAAUCUACAUGCAAGAGAACAAACUGGUGACAGAUAAAUCGGUGAAAGCAUUUGCAGAACAUUGUCCUCUACUGCAGUAUGUGGGUUUUAUGGGCUGUUCAGUUACAUCCCAGGGGGUCAUCCACCUCACUCGGCUGAAGGAACUCACUAGUUUGGACCUGCGUCACAUAACCGAGUUGAAUAAUGAAACCGUAAUGGAAGUGGUCAAGAGGUGCAGAAACUUAAGCUCUCUGAAUCUUUGUCUGAACUGGAGCAUUAAUGACAGAUGUGUAGAAUUCAUAGCUAAAGAAGGACACAGCCUAAAGGAGCUUUACCUGGUAUCCUGUAAAAUUACAGAUUAUGCUCUGAUAGCAAUUGGUCAGUAUAGCACAACCAUUGAAACAGUGGAUGUAGGCUGGUGCAAAGAAAUCACAGAUAAGGGAGCAACACAGAUCUCGCAGACGAGCAAGUCCCUUAGAUACUUGGGACUUAUGAGGUGUGAUAAGGUGAAUGAAGAUACAGUGGAGCGUCUAGUUCAAGAAUAUCCACAUAUCACAUUUAGCACUGUGAUGCAAGAUUGCAAGCGGACGCUAGAACGGGCCUAUCAGAUGGGGUGGAUUCCCAAUACAUCAACGGCAUCGUAAUGCUGUGAAGAAUUUUCUGUAUUAUCACUUUGUGGUUCUAGUAAUUCUUAAAUACAGUAACAUAGCGUGAGUAUGAGAGAAGUCACAAGUAUUGGCUCUGCUGGACUAAUCUAAUAAUCACAAAAAACAGUACAUUUCAACUUUUAUGUUCCAGUUUUGACAAUCUUUGCCCUGUGAAGGUUUAAAUCGUGGAUUUUCGGAUAGCCAUUGAAAGGAGUUAAAAAAUACAAUUCAGGGCAGGUAUCAAUUCUAUCCCAAAGUCGUCUUAUUUUAUGAAUUAUUUGAUACCAGUUGUGGUUUUUUUUGCGUCUUUUAAAACAGCUGAAAUCAAAUUUACUGAAAUGUGCAUUCAGCAAGGUUAACUGAAAGAUCUGUCUCCUUCCUAACUCAUUUUCUGCUCAAAGCUACAUCUGAGCCCUUAAUAGAUGUAAUGGGAUUUUUCAGGUAUGACAGUCUUCAACUAAAUUAAUCCCGUUAUUCUCUUGUUCAACAGAUCCUUUUUCAGAUAAUCUGUUCAGAUUACAUCUCAUUUUAUUAUAAGCUUGGUUAAAAAUCUGAAUUUCAUUUUAUGAAACUUUGUUCAUCCUUGAAAUAAUCAAUUACGACUGAUGAUAAAGACUAGCAACAGCCCUAAUAAGAUUUCACUGUCGACAUAAGAAUCAAUGGAGUGUUUUCCCCUGGAUCCAAACUUUUAACUGUGGCCAGCGUAUACAAUAAUGACUGACAUUUUAUUCCUGUUUGUAUGUUCUUUUUCUACAUACACAGUUAUUAAGAACUGGCUUGAUCAAGACAUAAUUUUUAUAACAUGGGUCAAAGUAAAAUAAAACUACCUUUUGUCAGUUAUAAAAUUGUUGUAAAUAUCAUGUCUGAACACUUUAUCAAUAAUUUAGCUGAAGUGUUCCAAAGGGUAAUAGUUAAAGUUGAGGGAAUAAUGCUGGAUUACUCUGUUAUUUAAUAUUUGUCAUUAAAUGAACAACUUCUGUGAAAAAGACUGUACACAUUAUGUUGUAUUUCAUAUUCAAAAGUCAAGAACUUCAGUACUUUGGUCUUCAGUUUCUGACCAAAGUGAUCCAACUUUAGAAUACAGAGCAAGUGUAUAAUUCGUUCUUUCUUGCACAUGAUAAUUGUGAUCUACGAGCUCCUGAGUUACUUACAAUAUCAUUAGAAAACACAGUAUGCAAAGUGUGAAUCUAUGUAUGUUUUAAAAGUAAAGGGCCAGCGAGGUGUUAGCCAUCUUACCAGGACAUCAUAGGGAUCUAAAAGAGGAUGUGUGUGUUUUAAAUGUAAGUGUUUCAAAAAUACAAGUCGUUCAAGCUAGCUGCAGAAUGGACGUUAAUGUUCCAUGGCUGUUCUAAAAGUGAAGCAUAAGAAUGAAGGAGAAAGAAAAGACAACUUAAAAGAUGUUUGGUAAAUACUGCCUUUGAGAACCCAUGUAGUAAAUGAGCAGAUUAAGAUAACUGGCAGUAACUGAGUAAUGUGUCUAACUGGAGGUCUCUGUGGGUCUUGUCUCAGAUUCUGUACAAACACGUUAAACAAGUUUGUCAAUUUUCCAUUAGAUUGAUUUUUCUCAAGCAUAGAAGAAUCAUCUAGUUUUCUUUCUGAGACUCAAACCAUUUUCCCAAUAUUGUAUCUUUCUGUUAAUUCUGUGUUGGAAUGUAUUAAAGAAUUUUGGAAUUCACAACUGAUGGAAAUGAUUUAAUUUGGGGAUGUACCAACAAUUUGGGGAAUGCUUUGCAAUGUUUCUGUGAAAGGGCUUUGGCUAGUUAGAAUGCAACCUUACACAGUUAUAGGUUAAUUACCAAAGGCUGCUGAUUAAAGGAAAGGAAUAUUUACAAGUUAAAGUAGUUCCCUGCACCUUUUCUACCCAAAUAGCAACGAUUGUUAUAAAAUUACCGGGCUUCUGCUUUAAGAUAUGUUGCUGGCAAGGAAUCUCACCAUUAUGGAUAUCCUAAUUUCCUUGCUGCAUCAAUACUUUCAGUUGUACAAAACAGCCUGUUAAAUCUUGGAUGAUGUACCCAUCCCAGUGGCAGCAUGCAGAAAGGUGAGCCAGUUCAGAGUGAGCUCAGCAAUGGUGGCGCAGUGGCUCAGUGGUUAGCACUGCUGCCUCACAGUGCCAGUGACCCCAGUUCAGUUCCACCCUCGGGCAACUGUCUGUGUGGAGUUUGCACGUUCUCCCCAUGUCUGUGUGGAUUUCCUCCCACAGUCCAAAGAUGUUCAGGUUAGGUGGAUUGGCUAAGCUAAAUUGCCCGUAGUGUUCAGGGGUUUGUGGAUUAGGUGAGUUAUGGGGGUGGGUCUGGGUGGAAUGCUCCAAGGGUCAGUGUGGACUUGUUGGGCUGAAGGGCCUGUUUCCACAAUGCAGGGAUUCUAUGAUUCUACAGAGAAUAGACAAUGGAAAAACAGGCAAUUCACCUAGUGUUGAUAUUUUUACCCCACAAGUCUCUUCAUGUCUUAUCACCUUUAAAUCUGUCUUUCAACAUAUGUUUCCUAUUCUGUUUUAUCUCAGGGGUAGCUGGGAAUGUGGAGUUGAGGUUACGAUCAGAUCAGCCAUUGUCUUAUUGAAUGACAAGGGCUGGGUAGUGUGCUCCUGCUCCCAACUUCCACGUUUAUGUACUAGUCCUGUUGCCUUCUGAAAGUGUCUAAACUAUUUGGCUUAGCCACAUCCAGUGGCAUUAAGUUUUACACUCAAAAUAUUUCCUGAGGCAGAUAACUUCUCUCAGUUCCCUAUUGAACUGAACUCAUUCUUAACUAAUUUGUAAUUUUGGCCCUCAGUUUCGAAUUCUCCCCAAAGUGGAAAUAUUCUCUCCUCAUUUACCUUUAUAAACCCUUAGAAAUUCUUCUCAAAAUGCCUUUCUCAGUGUUCUCUUUUCUAAAGAAAAAACCUCCAAUCUAUUCAGUCUUUCUAGACAGCUGGAAUUGCUUUUUUACAAUAAACCCAUUUUUGGCAGUAUCUAGCCAACCAUGUUUUUGCCUCAGGGUGGCCUGGUGGCUCUGGUCACUGACAAGUCUCUGUCAGACCAUGAAUUUCAUGGCAUUGCAAUGCAGUACCCUAUCGAGAUGUGAAAGUCCUUUCAAAGUUCCUCACAGAUUUUUAUUUCUUUUCAAUGAUUUGGAUGUUCCAUAAUUCUAUCGAUUUUCCAAACAGUAAUAAGUUCAAAACAAUUUAGGACUGUUUAGUGGUCAUACAUAAUCCACAAAUCUUACAUUUUAAUGAUACUAAAAACUGUGUAACCUUAAUGAAAGAAAUAUGUGACAAGCGCAUAAUUUCAAUACUUAAAAUGGACAAGUUUCCUCAAAAUAUAGAAUUUUUAAAGUUCAGAAGCCUGUUUGAAAUCUUGUAUGUAGCUGUAUUGAUAAAAAGUAUCCUCUGUUUUUUUGGCUGUGUUUAUUAUUUUUUCUCCUAUUUUUAUAUCAGUUGAAACUGCAGAGUUAGCCUGAUGAUUUUAUCUCACAUAAAUAUACACAAGCUGAGAACAAAUCUAGCUUUUAUCUGCAAGUUGCACAUACAAUUUCUAAGUAAGUCAUUGAUCUUUUUUGUUACUUAUGUAUGGAAAAUUGAUGCUGACUGGAAUAGGUGCACCCAUAAUUUUCAUUCACACAAAUUAAUUUUAACAAAGCCUCAAGCAAGGUUUGAGAUUACAAGGAUUUCCCAUCCAAUUAGUGGAUAUCUGGACUAGAUUCUCAAAUGAUGAAGUGUUACUACUGCUUUCCUUUAACAAAAGAGCUGUGUAAGUAUCCGGUUAGGAAUGAGAUUGAGAGUUGUAAUAAUGAGUACUGACAGAAAUGAUUAAUGGGACAAGAUGAUCCUGUUCUGCUGAAACAAUGGAAUGACAUGGCAACUGGACAUGGAUAACUAAUAUCGGGCUUAUUGUCAAGUCUGAGGUUUCAUCUCAUUUGCCUUUCUUCGGAAAGCUGUGAGAGACUUUACAGAACUUUUGUUUAGCUGGGUUUGAUAUGACCCUAAAUAGAGAACUAUACCUGUAUGAUUUGUGAAAGGAAUGUUUGAUGAGCUGACUGGCCUUUUCUCAAUUCUGGCCUUGUUUGAUUCUCAACAGAUAUUGAUUUCCAAGUGACUUAGGACACUUUUUUAUGAAUAGAAAUUUUUUCUCAACAGUGUAAAUUUGAUUUAUUUUACUAGGAAGCUGUUCAAUGAAAGUAAAUUGUAAUCUGUCACUUGUAACAUCAAACUGAUACAAGAUGAGAAAAUGAAA